AUGGCAAAUCAAGGCGCAAAGAAGCGAAGGGAAGAGAACGCACGUCACAUGGCGAACCUCCGUCGCCUCAUCAUCGCCUGUAACGUUAUUUAUGUACUGGUGAGGAUGGUGAUUUUCCAUUCAAGUUUCACGUGGAAACAUUGGAUUGGUCUAAUUUUGACCUCUGCGGCUUAUUAUAUACCUUAUGGACAACUUGCUGCAAUGGCCAGCCCUGCUUAUGCAGCCGACGGUGACCUUCUUGAUGGUGGAUUUGAUAUGAGUACUGGCGGAAUUUGUGGCUAUCUACAUGAUGUUAUCUACAUUACAAGCUUUGUGCAACUCAUGUCCAUCAUCUCUGGAAAGUUUUGGUACACAUACUUGGUGAUACCAGCAUUUGGAGCAUACAAAUCUUUUGGAUUCAUUAGAGGAUUUUUAUCACAUGGUUCAGAGGAAGGUGCUGAGGACGAAAAAACCCGCAAGAAGAGGGAAAAGUUGGAGAAGAAAUCUUCACGAGGCAAGUUUGUCAAGACAAGAACUAGAUAA